AUGGCUCUUCUGUUGCAAACGCGAGAUAUAUUGUGGACGCCGGCUGUCAAAUUAAGCUAUAUAGGACUGAUGGUUUUUAUGAUGGCUUCCCCAACUGCCUCUAUGGAUGUGCUGGUGUCCCACCAGAUUAAUGCUCUUAAUGGGACCAUGGUCAAAAUACCUUGCUCCUUUACCUCCUGCUACAAAGUGGAUCCAAGCAAAUUCGCCAUGAACUGGACUUACCAGCAGGACCAAAAUGACACCCACGAGAUGUUCAUGACCUAUAAGAAGAAGAUCAUUCCUCUGAAGACGGAUAAGUUUGGAGACCGGGUGGUUUUUGCCGGGAACCUGGACAAAAAUGACGUGUCCAUCACCAUCUACGACGUGCAGCUGUCGGAUGAAGGGAUUUACAACUGUUACAUUCACAACCCUCCUGACCGCGUCAAAGGCCACGGGGUCAUUGAGCUCGUCGUUCUUACAGAGCUGCCCCCUCCAAGGGACUCAACAAUCGCCGUGGCGAUUGGAGCGUCAGUUGGAGGGAUGCUGGCCCUGGUGAUCCUGUCUAUGGUGGUAGUGAAGUGUAUACGGAGAAGGAAGAAGCAGGAACUCAUCUCUGAUGAACAGAAAAUUGAGGAGGAAGGAAAGACAGAUGGAGAGGGUGGCACAGAGGAGGGGACCAAAAAUGUAUACUCCCUGCCAGAAGAUGUACACUGA